UACAGCCAUAAAAUUUCAGUUCUCUUACUUUAGACAUGAACCUAGUUCAAGGAAGUACUUCUUCCAGUGUUGCACUCGGUGAUAGACAUUUUUUUUGUUUUUUUGUAAUCCAAUCUGUUUUUCUGUUCUAAAUUUUUGGUGAGCUACAAUGUCAAAGGUCUGUUAUUGCUUGCAUUACAAGUCUGUGUGCUGUCAGUUUUUAAUCAUUGAUUUUGAUUUUACAAAAUUAUUAAAUUAAAUAUGAAAUUAAAGUAAACAAUUUUGGGGAUGUUUAGGCCUUGAUGAAGAAUUUUGUGUCCUCUGCCCCUUCCUGUAUUCCCCUUUCCUUUACAGGUACCUCUGACUACCAAAUUCUAAUUAGCUAUGUAUCAUUUGGUGUCCCUCAGCCUGCUAAACCACCUUCAGUAACACCCAAGAAAAAAGGAGGAAGAGCUCGAAGAAGACUUCAUGACCCUGAAGCUGAUGGUGGGUCAUUGACAGUUGUAAAGAAAAGAGCUGAUGAUGGUUAUAUUCUCUCUGUUACUGUCCAUCGUGCUGAUAACCUUAAACCAGACCUUUGUAUAUCACACCCUAUGGUGAGAGUUCAUGUGGUCGACAUGGAAACAGGGCAGUAUGUCAAGAAAUCUGACCGUGCUCGCAGUGUGACGUCGUACUAUGAAAGUGAAAGUGACACUCCUGUUGAUUUCAUCAUGCCUAUGAUGACACAACCAUAUGAUUUCAAGAAGUACAAGUAUGCUCGCAGUGUGACGUCUUACUAUGAAAGUGAAAGUGACACUCCUGUUGAUUUCAUCAUGCCUAUGAUGACACAACCAUAUGAUUUCAAGAAGUACAAGUCAUUGAUGCCAUCUUGGGAAGAAGUUCUUUUGUUCAAUGAAAUAUUCUCAUAUUUCCUCAGUCGUCAGGAAUCAGACCCGAAGGUUAUAAUGUUCUUUGAGGUGGUAGACUUCCUGAGCAUGACAGCUGCCAAAAGAAGAAAAGGUCCUCCGACAAGCGACAAAGGCUGGUAUCAGGUUGCGUGGGCCUUUCUCAAAGUCGUUGGCGGGAAUGGCACCCCUAACACUGAUAAAAAGGUCCGUCUUCAGCUGUUCCAGCCUCCCAAGCCCACAAUCAGAUCAAACAACAUGGUAGAGGUUUAUCAGUGGUGGAAGCAAACCAAGCGAGUUCCUUACCCAUCAACUCUUUAUGUGACAUUAAAAGGAGUCCAGCCCCCUAAGGUUAUUGGUCCUAGUUUACGGUCCAUGUUUGCCAUACAACAGGUCCCUUCAUACGAGACUUGUGUACGCCUGCCAGGACAUUUCAGUAUAAUAUACGAUCUGUGUUGGGCGCCUGAUGAUUUCGAACUCUUGUCAACCUCUUCUGAUGGUACAGUCAGAUCCUGGGACACAAAGGUUAUGAUGACGUCAUCUACCAAGCUUUAUCCUCAUCCGUGUUUUGUGUACGCAGCACAGUACCACCCAGGCUCCCCUCAUAUCAUAGUGACAGGGGGAUACGAUAACCUGAUAAGGGUCUGGACCAAACUGAGUGAAGGGCUCAAUGGCAAGCUUCUCAGGGAAAUUGAAGGACAUGACGGUUUCAUUAACAGCGUCUGCUUCGAUCAAGAAGGCGCGAAGAUGGUUUCAGCAGACAGUAAAGGAAUUGUUAUCGUUUGGAACUCAUAUAUUCAUCCUCAAGUGGAUACCAAGAGGAAGAGAAAAGGAACUGGCGGCUACGUAUAUGACUGGACACUGUCUGCAAAAGUAGCUAUUGAUGAACUUCAGGGCAACGUCAUCAACUCUCUCAGCCUGCACCCCAAUGGACGGAAGCUGCUGGUUCAUGUGCGCAACAGCGUGCUGUGCAUGCUGGACUUGAGGAGCUAUACCGUCAUGCAACGGUAUCUUGGUGCUUCCAACUUUAAAGAACACAUCCGUAGCACUCUCAGCGCAUGCGGGUGCUUUGUUAUCGCAGGCUCAGAGGAUGGCUAUGCGUAUGUGUGGAACACUGAAACAGGUGAUCUGGUGUCAGUCUACACGUCUCUUGGUUAUCACCAUGCUGUGUCAGAUGUACAGUUUCACCCGCUUGAUCACAUUAUUGCUUUCUGCUCCUUUGGUGACUCACAUCCUAUUCUUGUAUUCCACUAUGAUCCCAAAGUGGCUAAAGAAGAAGCUAAGAAACUGAUGACUCCUCCAGUGACUCCAUCUAAACAACCUACGACGUCACAACAGAACACAGCUACACCUGAUGACGUCACCAGGCACGUACAGAUAGCUGACGUGGCCGGUGAUGUAUUACGCAUGCGAAAAGUCAAGCAGAAACUGGACUCUGUAUUGGAAACACCAGCUUCAUCUGGCUACAUGAACACUGCAAUGUUGAAAACCCCAGGGGCCGAUAACUUCAUGUUCCAAACCCCAGGGAGACCCGAUAGCGCCGGGUACUCUGGACCCGUGCAUACAGGAAAGAGGACUGGUGGCGUUACUUUCCAGUUCCCCGAGAGCUCUGAACGAACAUUCAGGCAAGGCAUGGGUACUAAUGUGAGUCUUUCAACCUGGGGCUCAGACUUCUCUCCAACAGGGUACACAGCGUUCGGUUCAAAGUCGUCACUUCAAAGUCCAACGCCAGGACAGGUUCCCUACGAUCCACCGAUGUCACCUCAUGCCCAGCAGUAUUUUGGAGCAUCAGGUCGUUUUGAGUCUCUAAGGCUUUUUUCACAGAAUAAUAGAUACGGCAGCCCACAACCAGAUAUGAAUGUGCCCCAGUCUUAUCAAACGUCCGGAAUGUCGUGGAUGAAGAGGCCUUCAAUGAGCUUGAACAUUAGUGAUUCACCUGGACCCUUGAGUGUGUCACAGCUCGGCGGCAGUGCUAAACCCAAGUUUACAUUUAGUGAUUCCCCAACAGCACAUCUGUUGCAGCAGGAGCCGCAGCCCAGAAAAAAGGUUAUAGCCAUGCAUCCUUAUGACGCCAACAGGGCGGAUGAGCUGACCAUUCAACCUGGUGAUGUCAUCAGCGUCCUUUACAUUGACAAUGAAAACUGGUGGAUGGGUGAACUGGCUGAUGGCAGGCAGGGUUACUUUCCAUCCAAUUAUGUCGUGGACCAAGGCGACCUUGAAUCUGAAGGUGAUUUACAGGAGACCACUGUGCCGAGUGCCACAAGUAUGGCCAAACAGGAACCAAAGGUCAACACGCAGAUGACGGCAGUUAUCAGCAAGUCUGGUGAUCUGAAGAUUGUAUCAGGACCCGAGGACAGCAGCGAUGCAGAAAGCAAACUCAACACAACAGCUCGUCACAGAAGAAGACAUAGAGAAAAAGAAAAACAGCAGAAAUCCGAAGAAACACCAGAGAAAAAGGUUUCACCGAGGAGAGCAAAGAAGAGAUGACACAAAAUUUAUUUUGACACCUAAUAAGUAUGGUGAAUUUUCUCCCCGAAAGAAUUUGCUUCUUGCAACUGAGCAAACAAGCUGUGACAGCUCUCAUGGUUCCAAAAUUUAAAUCAAUGAAAUUAAAUUUUAAACCUUUAUUUUAAUGCCUGUUUAGUUCAGUUUUUUAAUUUUUGUCCGUAAAGGAAGCUUUAAAUUGUUUUAUGCUAUAAAGUGAAUCUUCAUCCUCUAACCUGUUGUGAAUUACUUUUUUCAAGUUUGUGGCAAUUCAUUACAGAUUACAAAAUAAAUGUUUAAUGUGUAUUUGGUUUUCUCCGUAAAGCAAGCUUUUAACUGUUUCAUGCUAUAAAGUGAAUUUUCAUUCGGCAAGCUGUUGUAAAUGAAUUUUUUAUCAAACUCAUAGAUCCAUUACAAAUUAUAAAAUAAAUUUUUAAUGUGUAUUUGGUAAGCUAGGAUAAAAAAUAAAACAAAAU